AACGCGCUUGGCGGGGCCUCCUCCUCCUCGGCUGACCGGCGGAGACGCAGCCCGGCUCUAAGGGGCGCCCUGCGGGGAAGGGAAGGGAAAGAAGGGAAGCCCGGCAGGAGGAGGCGGCGGCUAUGGCAGGAGCGCGGAGGCGGGCCGGGGGUUAGCAGCCCCUCCGUUACCUGAGCCCGAGGGGAAGAAGCGCCCGGAGCGAAGAAGGAUGAGUAGCCCCGCGGCGGCGCCGCCUCCUCCCCCGGGGCCUGGCUCCGGCUCGGGCUCGGCCUCUUGCCGCUUCGCCCACUACUUCGUGCUCUGCGGGAUUGACGCCGACAGCGGGCUGGAGCCGGACGAGUUGGCUGUCUUAUACCAGUGGUUAGAAGCUGAUCGCCUUGGCAAGAGCUCAGAUACUGCAAACAGAACAACAGGAGAAAACUUUGAUCAGAGCCCCUUAAGAAGAACUUUCAAGUCAAAAGUCUUGGCUCAUUACCCUCAGAACAUUGAAUGGAAUCCGUUUGAUCAAGAUGCAGUCAAUAUGCUGUGUAUGCCCAAAGGGCUUUCCUUCAGGACUCAGACUGAUAAUAGAGACCCCCAGUUCCACUCAUUUAUUAUUACCCGGGAAGAUGGCUCCCGCACAUACGGGUUUGUGCUUACCUUUUUCGAGGAGGUCACAAGCAAGCAAAUUUGCACAGCCAUGCAAACUCUGUAUCAAAUGCACAAUGCUGAGCAAUGCAACAGCGUCUGUGCCUCGUCUUCGUGUAGCAUGGACUCCCUGGCCAGCAGUCUGGACGAAGGAGAUGCCACGUCGUUGGCCAAGAUGCAACGCUACAACUCGUAUGACAUCAACAGGGAUACGCUCUAUGUCUCCAAAUGUGUUUGCCUCAUUACUCCCUUGCCUUUCAUGCAAGCCUGCAAGAAAUUCCUCAUCCAGCUUUAUAAGGCCGUCACAUGUCAGCAACCCCCGCCUUUACCUCUGGAGAGCUACAUCCACAACAUCCUCUAUGAAGUGCCCCUUCCGCCCCCAGGAAGGUCGCUGAAAUUCUACGGGGUAUACGAGCCCAUCAUUUGCCAGAGGCCUGGCCCCAAUGAGCUCCCACUCUUUGACUACGCUCUCCGGGAGACCUUUGAACUGCUGGGCUUGGAGAACCUCGUCCAGGUGUUUACAUGUGUUCUCCUAGAAAUGCAGAUCCUUCUUUAUUCUCAAGACUACCAGCGCCUGAUGACGGUCGCAGAGGGGAUCACCACGCUGCUCUUCCCAUUUCAGUGGCAACACGUAUAUGUCCCUAUUCUCCCUGCCUCUCUCCUGCAUUUCCUUGAUGCUCCUGUACCUUACUUGAUGGGUCUGCAAUCCAAGGAAGGAACAGACCGUUCCAAACUUGAACUUCCCCAAGAGGCCAACCUCUGCUUUGUGGAUAUUGAUAACCACUUUAUCGAGUUGCCAGAGGAACUUCCUCAGUUUCCCAACAAGCUGAAUUUCAUCCAAGAAAUCUCGGAGGUGCUCCUUCAGUUUGAAAUUCCCCUUGAAGGCAACUUCCAUUGUAGCGAGAGUGCUACCAAGUUGAAGAACCUCGUUCUGAAUGACUUGGCCAAUGACAAAAAGAAUGGAAACAUCCCCAGCAACACCAUCAACAUGUACGAGCUCCUGAAAGGCAAUGAAACCAUUGCUCGCCUCCAGGCGCUGGCCAAAAGGACAGGGAUUGCAAUGGAUAAGAUGAGCAUUACUGCUCCUCUGGUAGAAAAAGAGAAAGACGUUAAGCUCCAGUGUGAAGAUGGGGAGCUGAGGGACUACAAACUGAAUGUGCAGCUUCGGGAGGUCUUUGCUAACCGCUUCACGCAGAUGUUUGCCGAUUAUGAAGCUUUUGUCAUUCAAGCAGCACAGGAUAGAGAAUCGUGGCUGACAAAUAGGGAACAGAUGCAAAAUUUUGACAAGGCUUCAUUUCUGUCUGAUCAGCCUGAGCCUUACCUUCCAUUCCUUUCACAUUUCAUUGAAACCCAAAUGUUUGCAACGUUCAUCGACAAUAAAAUUAUGUCCCAGUGGGAAGAAAAAGAUCCAUUUCUUAGAGUGUUUGACUCAAGGAUAGAGAAGAUAAGACUGUAUAAUGUCAGGGCGCCUGCAUUAAGAACAUCGAUAUAUCAGAAGUGCAACACCUUGAAAGAAGCAGCUCAAGCUAUUGAACACCGUCUGUCGAAGAUAGAUCACACAGCAAUUCAUCCGCACCUGCUUGAUAUGAAGAUAGGUCAAGGCAAAUAUGAGCAAGGUUUCUUCCCCAAGCUUCAAUCUGAUGUGUUAGCAGCUGGACCUACCAAUAACAAUCGGUGGGUGAGUCGUAGUGCUACAGCACAGCGCCGGAAAGAUCGCAUCCGACAACAUUCAGAGCACAUUGGUUUGGAUAAUGAUUUAAGAGAGCCAUCGGAGGAGUUCUUGAUUCGUCAGAACUCAAUGGCUUUCUGGGAGUGGGACCAGGGCCCGCCCCCUCCUGCACGGCCACCUAAAAAAUCAUUCUCUGAAUGUUGCCUGAAGUACAUGCAAGAAGCAAGGACUUUGGGGAAAAAUCUGAGGCAGCCCAAACUCUCUGAUCUUUCUCCCGCUGUAAUUGCUCAGACAAACUGGAAAUUUGUGGAGGGUUUACUCAAAGAAUGUCGAAUGAAGACCAAACGUAUGCUGGUAGAGAAGAUGGGCCAUGAAGCAGUGGAACUGGGACAUGGUGAAGCCAAUAUAACAGGACUGGAAGAAAAUACACUAAUUGCUAGCCUUUGUGACCUGCUGGAAAGAAUUUGGAGCCAUGGACUACAAGUCAAACAGGGAAAAUCUGCACUGUGGUCUCAUUUAAUUCAGUACCAGGAAAGAGAAGAGAAACAAGAGCAACUGGCAGAAUCCCCAAUUGCUUCUGGACCAGAAAGAAGGAAGUCUGACACGGGGUUAAUGUUACCUAUCCUGAGAGUCUCAGUCAUCAGCGAUAUGAGGCACAUCCAGAACAUGAGUGAGAUAAAGACUGAUGUGGGUCGAGCUCGAGCUUGGAUAAGGCUAUCCCUUGAAAAGAAACUAUUGUCCCAACAUCUCAAGCAGCUUCUUUCCAAUCAAGCCUUGGCAAAGAAACUGUACAAACGUUAUGCCUUCCUGCGGUGUGAGGAAGAGCGGGAGCAGUUCCUCUAUCACCUGCUCUCCCUCAAUGCUGUGAAUUACUUCUGCUUCACAAGUGUCUUCACCACCAUCAUGAUUCCAUAUAGGACAGUGAUCAUCCCCAUCAAAAAGCUAAGCAAUGCAAUCACCACAUCAAAUCCAUGGAUUUGUGUUUCGGGAGAACUGGGAGAUACUGGAAUAAUGCAGAUUCCAAAAAACCUCCUAGAAAUGACAUUUGAGUGUCAGAACUUGGGAAAGCUGACCACUGUUCAGAUAGGUCAUGACAACUCUGGACUGUUAGCCAAAUGGCUGGUGGACUGCGUCAUGGUCAGGAACGAAAUCACAGGGCACACCUAUAAGUUUCCAUGUGGAAGGUGGCUGGGGAAAGGUGUUGACGACGGAAGCCUGGAGAGGAUUCUUAUCGGAGAGCUGAUUUCAACAUCAUCAGAUGAAGACCUUGGGAAGCAGUGCCGGACCCCUCCGCAGCAGAAAUCCCCAACCUCAGUUCGGAGAUUGAGCAUCACUUCCCUCACAGGGAAAAACACAAAACCCAAUGCUGGACAGAUCCAAGAAGGAAUUGGGGAAGCUGUGAACAAUAUAGUGAAGCACUUCCAUAAACCUGAGAAAGAGAGAGGAAGUUUCACCGUUCUCUUGUGUGGAGAAAAUGGCUUGGUUGUAGCACUUGAGCAGGUCUUCCACCAUGGUUUCAAGUCGGCUCGCAUUUUCCAUAAGAACGUUUUCAUCUGGGACUUCAUAGAAAAGGCUGUUGCAUACUUUGAGACUACUGAUCAGAUUGGGGACAGCGAAGAAGACGUACUCCUCCAAAAAUCCUCCUGCAAAACAUUCUGCCAUUACGUAAAUGCCAUCAAUACUGCUCCAAGGAACAUAGGAAAAGAUGGCAAAUUUCAAAUUCUAGUUUGCCUUGGAACCCGAGAUCACUUGCUCCCGCAGUGGAUUCCUUUGUUGGCAGAAUGUCCAGCCAUCACUCGUAUGUAUGAAGAGAAUGCUCUGCUACGCGACCGCAUGGCAGUGAACUCCCUCAUCCGAGUCCUGCAGACUCUGCAGGAUUUCAACGUUACCCUGGAAGGAUCGCUCAUAAAAGGAGUGGAUGUGUAGCAGAUCGCCCUUCAACUCCCUGUUUCACCUCCCAAGCAACUGACAUGCUAUCAAAUUUGGGAGAGGACAGAUUUGUUGAAAUGCAGAUGCUGCUGGUAGUGCUCCACUGUUAUGUUUAAAAUCAGCUUGUUGAUAGGUGUGGGGUCACCCACUCUCAUGUAGUCUCCUCACUGUUCUGCCCUGAAGCUGCAAACAAGCUAAGCUGCAGUAUUGUAGUUUUCAACUCAGAAAUGUAGUAUAAAAAAUAGAGUAUUUUCAUGUGUUCAAUGUGUGUAAAUAGAGGCUAUCUUCCUUCAGAAAUAUUACCAACAAGAAACUUUUCUUAGAAUCAGUGUUCUCGGGUUCAGGGGGAAAUAGCUUGAAAUAACUUUAUAGGUUUCGGGGAGGGAAGGGAUCAUUUCUUGCGCAUACCAUGGGGAAAAGCCACUUUUGUGUGUAAAUAUACUGUACAAAGGUUAGCAGAGGGGCGUUUUUCGUGAAGACAUGAAGACUCUCUGGGUAGCUGUGCUCUUCUUGUGGAAUGUAUACCGUUUGCUCUGUGCCCUAUUCAUGUUGGUCUCUUGUUAUAUCCUUUAGGUCUGAACCUUUUUUUGUUUUUGGUGUGCAUCAAAUAAGCUGUGAGUGAUAGGUUUCUGAAUAUCCUCUCUUUGACUUUGUUGAUCAGCACAAAUGGUGCAAAGCAAUGAUUUCACACUGAACGUGCAAAAUCCUUGAGCUUCAAACAGGCAUCUGAAGAAUUUUUGCUACAUUAAAAUGCGAAUAGGUGGGACAAGGGUGGUUGGGAACUACAUUAUAAUUUUGAAGGGUUAAGGGACCUUUCAACUCUUCUUCCCUUCCAAGCCCUAGACUUUUGUGUUCUGAAAAUGAAACUUUCUUGGAAAGGGAAGAGGAGGAAGAGGAGUCUGAAAGAAAAUACAACCAUUUAUUAUACGUACAUGGCUUGGGAGAAAUUCCUAUACAAUUAUUCCAUAUGCUUUGAAAUGAUAUGGAUUCCCUUCUUUGGUUGAGUAUUAAUAGUUAGAAAACCCUGAAACAACUAGUGGCUUACACAUGUCUGGAUAUUUUACCAAUAUCUUUGACUUCUUGAAUCUUUUGCCACCAGAUUUAUUCAAAUAGUAUGUAACUUUCACUAUUAGAUUCAUCUCAAAAAGAUUUGGCUGCAUGAAUGUGUCUCAUACAUUCAUUAGUAUUUCUGAGUAUAUUUUUGCUGGGUAUUCUCUGAACUAAAUAAGCUCCCUAAAUAAACCUGCGGCAUUCAGUUAUGAUUAAAAACGAAGAGUUCAAAAUCUCAUCCAACUGUACUGUGAACAAGCCGACAAUCCCAAUUAGAGAUGGCACGAGAGAGAACAUAUAGGAAUUCUUUCUACUUGUUGAUCCUUCUCCUUUGACUUUUCAGAACCAACUUGGGUUACACGACUGGUUUCCAACCUUUGUGGCCUCCAGGUGUUUUGGGCUUCAACUCCCAGAAACUCUGUGCAAAACACCUGGAGGCCCCAAAGGUUGGGAACCACUGGGUUACACUGAUGUGGUUUCAAAUACAUUUUCAGGAAUGUAGAUGCCAUACUUUUCCCAAGUAAUCUUCAGGAAACCAGUAUUAUUUGGGCAACAUGAUUGGUUUUUCCACUCAAACUACAGAUCAUUCACUUAUAUUCUGAUACUCGGUGUUUUGGAUCAUUUUACUCAAUACUAGGUAUGGGCAAACUUGAGCCCUCUGGGUGUUUUGGACUUCAACUCCCACCAUUCCUAACAGCCUCAGGCCCUUUCCUUUUCCCCCUCAGCCGCUUAAGCGGCUGAGGGGGAAAAGGAAGGGGCCUGAGGCUGUUAGGAAUGGUGGGAGUUGAAGUCCAAAACACCUGGAGGGCCUAAGUUUGCCCAUGCUUCUGCUCUACAGCCAGCCUGUGAAGUCAAUUCUUACUUAUAUAAGAACAUCCUUAUAUACGUCUCUUUCCUUUUAGGCAAUACAGUGCUGUACAUUUACGUAGUACUUUCCCAACCCUUGAAGCAUGAGAUCGAUCUCCGAUAGACCUGUCUAUUUGACUACUUCAGGAGUGCAGUUCUUUGUGGACGUUUUGUUUUCUUCCUUUCAUGUGCAACUUUGCAAACAAAAAAUAACCGCCAGACAGCUUUGAGCACUUCGAAUAUUAAAGAAACUACUGUCUUUUCUAAGGAAGGGUGAAGACUUAGCUGUGGUUCUCCACAGUUUGGCACACCCUUUUGACAUCAGUAUUAAUAAGCCUUUGUAGAUGUGAGAAACUGAAUUUUUAAAAUGACCAAAGCAUUCUGGUAAAUUACAGUUAAUUCUGUAUUCAGGAACUGUGGCCCUCAAAUAUUCUUUAAUACCACUGCUAUACUGAUACAGUGUUUUAAUAGAACUGAAAUAUGGAUUAGUGUGUGAACAGUUCACAAAUCUCAGGCUAACCAGAAUGAGGUGAUCUCGGUGCUGGAAGAUUCACUAUUUCAUCUUCUGCAGCCCUUAUAUUUAGAAGUAAUUUCCAAUUACUUACAUGGAAAUGACUUCUGAAUAAAAAAGUUUGGGACUGGGCUGUUAAUUGGGGUUUGUUUUUGUUUUGGUUUAGUGUGUUUGAAAAAUGCUGCCGUUAUAUGUAUUUUGCUUUCUCUUACUCUCAGAAGUAAAUAUCUUAUUAAGGAAAUGUUGUAUGUUACAGUUGAAAUUGUACAAGUAGAUGAAGUAUAGUUUAUUAAAGAACUCCCCCCUCCCUAUCCCUUAAGUAACCCCAGAAUAUGUUGCUGGUUUUAUGUUUUACAUGAUUAGUAAGUUAAUCAAGACUGGAUAAUGUUAAGGAAGUGGGUAUCGGUAAAAGUAUUGUUAUUUCAAGCACUUUAGCAUACAUAUCACAAACUGAUGUGCAUUGGAUUUUCUUUUCCCCUCUCCCAGGGUUUGGAUUACAAUUAAAUGCAGCUUUUCAUGCAAUGGUCUUUACAAAUAAAACUGUGAGAAUAAUA